AUGAUUGCCGGUUUAUCUUGGCCUCGUUACAUAACAUUUUUCAUUACAUCAAUGGCUGCAAUGCUUGGAGGUUCACAAUUCGUUCAUAAUAUCUAUAGACCAUUGGAUGAUUUAGAAGAUCUUGUGGCAGAAGAAUUAGCGAGACGAAAAAAAGCAGAGGAAAAAGUGUAAAUAUGUUUGUAUCGCUAAAAUAAUAUUUAUCUAGUGAAAUAUAAUUUUUAAAAAAGAA